GCCCUCGCCGACGGCCUCCAUGUUGUGUGUUGUGUGUUGUAUUGUGAGAGUUGUGACGUAACUUGAAGGACCCGUCUCACACAACAUCGUCAUUCCACGGAAAAUGGCGACACUGACCAGACUCGUUUCCAAACAGACUCUCCGGCUCCGGAGCGGGCUAGGCUCGUCCGCGCUGGCCUCGCCGGGCAUGGGCGCGGCCGCCAGCUGGGCCAGCCUCCACACCUCGACGCAGGUGGCCUCGGUGGCCAUGAGCAAGUUCGACCAAAGCUCGCCCAUGCCCUACGAGCAUCUGGUCAAGAACCUGGAGAUCGUCAAGCAACGCCUGAAUCGGCCAUUGACCUUGUCGGAAAAGGUGCUCUACUCACAUUUGGAUGACCCGGUAAACCAGGAGAUCGUCCGGGGCGAGAGCUAUCUGCGGCUGCGGCCCGACCGGGUGGCCAUGCAAGAUGCCACGGCUCAAAUGGCCAUGUUGCAGUUCAUCAGCUCGGGUUUGCCGCAAGUGGCCGUGCCUUCCACCAUUCAUUGCGAUCACUUGAUUCAGGCCCAGAUUGAGGGCAAGAAGGACUUGGAACGGGCCAAGGACAUCAACAAGGAGGUGUACAACUUCUUGGCCACGGCUGGGGCCAAAUACGGCGUGGGAUUCUGGAAGCCCGGAUCAGGCAUCAUUCAUCAGAUCAUUUUGGAGAACUACGCCUUCCCGGGUCUGCUCAUGGUGGGUACGGACUCGCACACGCCCAAUGGGGGUGGCUUGGGCGGUCUCUGUAUUGGUGUGGGUGGCGCUGAUGCCGUGGAUGUCAUGGCCGACAUUCCUUGGGAGCUCAAGUGUCCCAAGGUGAUUGGCGUCAAUUUGACGGGCGAACUCAAGGGUUGGACCUCGCCCAAAGACGUCAUCCUGAAGGUAGCGGGCAUUCUGACGGUCAAGGGGGGGACGGGCGCCAUUGUCGAGUAUACUGGCCCCGGCGUGGAUUCGAUCUCGUGCACGGGCAUGGGCACAAUUUGCAAUAUGGGCGCUGAAAUUGGCGCCACCACCUCCGUCUUCCCAUACAAUAACCGUAUGAAGGAUUACCUGAAUGCCACCAACCGCAGUGACAUCGCCCAAUUGGCUGACCAAUACCGAGAGCAAUUGUUGAGCCCCGAUGCUAAUUGCCAAUACGAUCAAGUCAUCGACCUGAACUUGAGUGAGCUCGAACCUCAUGUGAACGGACCCUUCACGCCCGACUUGGCCACGCCCAUUGGAAAACUAGGUGAGACGGCUAAGAAGAGUGGCUGGCCUUUGGAGGUCAAGGAUGGUCUCAUUGGGUCUUGCACCAACUCGUCUUACGAGGACAUGUGCCGUGUGGCCAGUGUCAUCAAACAGGCUCUCCAGCACGGAUUGAAGGCUCGCGGCACGUUCUACAUCACCCCCGGAUCUGAGCAGGUCAGGGCCACCAUCGAACGAGAUGGCCUGGCUGAUAUCAUGCGAGAGUUUGGCGGAAUCGUUUUGGCCAAUGCCUGCGGACCUUGCAUCGGUCAAUGGGAUCGGCGUAAUGUGAAGAAGGGCGAGAAGAACACCAUUGUCACGUCUUAUAAUCGAAACUUCACGGGUCGAAAUGAUGCCAAUCCAGCCACCCAUGGCUUCGUCACUUCUCCCGAGAUGACGGUGGCUCUGACUUUGGCCGGGACAUUAGAUUUCGAUCCCCGACACCAGACCUUGAAAGGAGCUGACGGAAAGGAAUUCAAAUUGGACAAUCCCUAUGGCGAUGAGCUACCGUCCCGUGGUUUCGAUGCUGGCGAGGACACCUACCAACAUCCCCCAGCCGACGGUGCCAAUGUCAAAGUUGAUGUGGAUCCUAAUUCGGAGCGACUCCAACUUCUCACGCCCUUCCAAAAGUGGGACGGUGGAGACUUGAAGGAUAUGCAAGUCCUUAUCAAGGUCAAGGGAAAAUGCACCACCGAUCACAUUUCAGCGGCCGGACCUUGGCUCAAGUUCCGUGGUCAUUUGGAAAACAUUUCUAACAACAUGUUGAUCGGAGCUGUCAAUUUUGAAAAUGAGGAGGUCAAUAAACUCAAGAACGUCAAAACUGGUGAGUACAACACCGUGCCUGAGGUGGCCAAGUCGUACCGCGAUGCCGGCGUUAAAUGGGUCGUGGUCGGUGACGAGAACUACGGCGAGGGCUCCUCUCGGGAGCACGCCGCUCUUGAGCCUCGCUUCCUCGGUGGUUCCGCCAUCAUUGUCAAGUCCUUUGCCCGCAUUCACGAGACGAACCUGAAGAAGCAAGGCAUGUUGCCUUUGACUUUCGCUGACAAGUCAGACUACGAUAAGAUCCAACCCGACUCCACGAUCACUCUUAAUGACCUGGUCAACUUCGCUCCUGGCAGGCCAAUUAGCGCCACGAUCAAGCAGUCUGAUGGAUCCACCCAAGAAAUCACUUUGAAUCAUACUUUCAAUGAACAGCAGAUCGAAUGGUUCAAGGCCGGGUCUGCUCUGAACAGAAUGAAGGAGAAGGCUGCCGCUGCCCAAUAAAUAAUUAUGAGCCACAAUUCUUCUGGUUGGUUCGUAACUGUAAGAAAUCAAGAUUUAAGCACAGGAAUGCCAUCUAUGAAAAAUAUUUGCAUCAUACAGUGCCCAUAGAGGAUUUUUGAGAGAUCUGUAAAUUGUCUCAAAUCAUCAAUCAAUACAACACGAAUAAUUGA